AAUGGUGCGCUGCUCAGAGGUACGAGUAAAUAUCAAGGGAAUGCUUAAAAUAAAAGUUAAUUUAAAACAUAAUAAAUCUAGAAAACUACAAAUUAAGGAAGAGACUUACCUCUAUGAUCCCAACAUUUUGCUGCAAUUGAACUUCCAUCAAAGUCCGGCCAAAUUCGAGCCAUUCAUUUCGGCAGCAUAUCCCGGCGAAAACUGGCUUAAGGUGCGUCCACUAAAAGACGGUGAUUAUGACCGUGGAUUUCUACAAUUGCUUUCGCAACUUACCGAUGUGGGACAUGUCACACGGACGCAGUUUUUGACUCGUUUCUCACAGAUGAAGGCCAGUGGCGAUUAUUACGUCACUGUAAUCGAAGAUACGCGCAAAAAUGAAAUAAUCGGUGCAGCUUCCUUGGUUGUUGAACGAAAAUUCAUACAUAAUUGUGCCAUUCGCGGCCGUCUUGAGGAUGUGGUUGUCAAUGAUACAUAUCGUGGCAAACAGCUAGGCAAACUUAUUGUGGUAACUGUCAGCUUGUUGGCUCAGCAUCUCGGCUGCUAUAAAAUGUCACUAGAUUGCAAGGAUAAACUAAUUAAAUUCUAUGAGUCUCUGGGCUAUGUACUCAUUCCUGGAAACUCUAAUUCAAUGACAAUACGAUACGAUGAGGGACCUGCGGCAGUACGGCACAAUAACACAGCACUUGUUGAUAACGACAUCAACAACACCAGCCAAACUGUAGUAGUAAUUUUGCCCUUUAAAAGUACGUUUAUAAAAUAGCUAACUGUAAAUGCAAAAAAUAGCUAAACAUUUUAAUUUUGCUGCUGUUGAAAUAUUCUUAUGUAUCUAAGUAGAUGCAUAUAAAAAUGUAUUUUACAUACUUUAAGUAA